AUGAGUGAAAAGGAUACAAAUUCGUUCAAGGCACUUCUUGAUGAUAUUUUCAUUGUGUUCCAGAAAGCAGAUCAGGAUACGCAAAUAUUGACUAAAUCUACGCUUCCAGUCGACUUCUACGAACCAGAUGCAAACAAUAUUGUUGCAUCGUACGUGAAGUAUAUUAAGGACAACAGCACACCCAAAACGACUAGCAUUUCAGACAAAUAUGGGAAUAAACAAUACAGCACAUUUUACGAAGUGUAUCAUGAUAUUAAGACAGUAGCAGCAUCUAGAAUUCAGAAAUAUAAGGUUGGAUCUGCCAAGUAUAAGGAUAUUGAUUUUUUCUAUAAAUUUACAACGGAGUUGCUCUUGAGAGAAUCGAGUAGAUUAAAUCUUGCAGUUUUCCACGCAAAGAAAGGGAAUGAAGAUGUGGUGGGUCCAUCCGAGUUAGAGACACAAUUAACGGAAGACUUCAAUAAAAUUUCUGUGAGCUACAACUUGACAAAUGGUGAAGUGGUAACGUUUAUUUAUAAAUCUGAAGAACCAUCCAGUUCAAUGCCACCACUCCCAAAUGCUUAUCACAGCCCAUAUCCCCAACCACCACCACCACCUCAAAAAAUCAAACAACCCUUAUUUUCGUCCUUAACGGGUAAAUCAAAUUUGGAUCCUCGUUCUACUAUUGUUCCAGACCCGUUCCUCCUUUCAAAAGUCAUCCCAUUAAAUAGAAAUGCCACUCGUAAUAACUCCACAUUAGAAUCAUUGUCACCUGCGAUAUCGAAGAUCCCACCUCCUACAACACAACCUACUGAAAUUUUAUCUAAUUUCUUCCAUCCAAAUUGGUAUACCAUCCAUGUUCCAACCUGGCUCACAUAUAAAAGUAAGACUUUGAAGCCACAAGUGGCAUCAAGUUUGUUGAAACAUCAACGUGAAGAUGAAUUACGUCUAGUGACCAGGAAUGAUGGCUUCGUAAUGUCGUUUGCUCCCACAAUUGAUCUGAAAGUCUCCGUUGUGUCUAAUGAAUUAAAAGGAAAUAUCUGGUUAAACCAUCUUGGCUUUCAACAAAUACAUGACAUAAAAAAGAAGUAUCUUGAGAACAUUAAUAGCGAUACAGGUAUGGAUGUUGAUGUAGUUCCGGAUGUGGACGAAGAGGAUAACGAAGAUAUUGAGGAUAUAAAAACCACGCCAAGUGAGGAUAAAGGUGACAUUGACAUGAAAAAUUCCGAUGAUAUAGGUACUGACUCCCUGGAACACAAAGAAAUCAAUGUUGCCGAUUUAGUUCAAUGGGAUCCUAUAAAAAUCGAAGAAUUAGAAGCUAUGAAAGAAGAGGAAGAAAUUAUAACUAAAUCGCCCCGUGAUUUACAGAAGCUUGUUUCUACGAACUUAUUAAAGUUAAAUAAAUUACGUCAAGAAAGGUACUUACGUAGUAAUCCGACUAACUUAUUGGCACCUUCCAGAAAUGAAAUUAAAUUAUAUAAUAAAGUUUCCAAACUCAUUACUUUAUCUAUUGAGUUGAAUAAUGUUAAUACUGGAAGUCUAGCUCUCAAAUUUAGUAAAAGAUUACCUGUAUUAAUGAGUGAGUAUGCUGGUACUCUUCCAGGGCUUCCACCAUCCAAAUCGGUCGGUACGACUGGUAAAUCUACAAGGUUGCCUAGUAUUAGAGGACCUUACAAAAAGAAGAACAGACAGUGA